AUGGCUUCGAACGUGAAAGUAUUUGAGAUUACUGUACCGGAAAAGGACGAUCUCCGCUGUGCGAUCUGCAGGAUCGUGAACUGCGAGAACGAAUUCCUAAUUUAUGCGGAUUUUUGUUCGAACAAGCUCAAAUGUCGUCAAUUUCUUCAAGAAACUCCUCAAGCAAUGACCGCUCCGGUGACUAACCGGAAAAUACGCGAGGCCGGGGGUGCUAUAUACGUCAUCACCACGAAGGACUUCUUCGAGAAUUACGCGUUCCAGGAUCACUGCGACGCGUUGAACAUACAAGUGAUGGAUCUGUUGGACCCUAUUCCGACUUACGUUUACAAAGCGUGCUUUCUCUACACCGUGGAGUGCAAGUUGGCGCCGCGCUGGAACAAGGUCGGGCUGUACCUUGUCGAGGGACAACAUUUCCUCAGUUCGACGGAAAGCGUCAACGCUAUAAUGCUGAACAUCAAGGAGAUCCAAGGUAACAGCGCUCGGCUUCAGGUGGAAGCCGUAAAUCUUAAAAUACCGUUCGUGAGAUUGAACACGGCGCGUCCCUUGCCGCACGAUAUGCAGCCGCCGGUGCGCGUUUUACCGAGCAUGAAAAUGGCGAACGUGUUGCGCAUCUCGAGGGCUAUCAAGGAGGAGCAUCCGUUCAAGGAUUACGAGCACCUACGAGCGUACUGGAGAGACAUGCACGGCUACGUACUGCCAGAUCACGUGGAGGGAUCCCUGUUUUACGACAUCGAGUUCUUCUAUUUCAAGUCGAGAGUCUUCCUAUAUCCUGAGACGUGUCUGGCCUCGGGACCCCUGCGCGUUCUUUCAUCUUCGACGGACCUGGUGCCCAUAAUUUACAAAUUCGCGGCUGAACUACGAGGCGGGGUGUCUAAAUUGUGUGGUCAGCAGUUGGACGUGUGCCCCGAGAGCACAUACCGAGCGGCUCUUCAGGUGCGCACGCCGGUACUACCGAAGACCGUCAGGUUUUCAGGAUACGACACAGGAUACGGCACGGGAUCGAGAACCGUUAACAGCAUGGCGACGCCGCGGUUUCGUGUGCCCGAUACGUGCGAGGUUCCCAUUAAACGGAUGCGAAUGUCGCUAGUGAAGACCGAUGAUUCAUUCACGUGCGGGACCGAAGCCGGUGAUUUCGAUUUCGGGAUCGGCCCGACGAGCUCCGCGAGCAAAUCUCAGCGACGUGGAAACGUCGGCGACCUGUCGGUAAUAUUGCACGACGUGGAUGACACCAAAGUGAUCGUGCCGAAAGAUGAAAGCCAAUCGCACUACUUCGGAGACGAAGAAGCACAAACACGCCCGGAGAAGUCGGCAGACAAGGAGGAGAAGCCUGACAAGCUGAGCUUGAGGGAGAAGCUAUUGAAAGCUAGAGGUGACGAAUAAGAGCGUGGAAUUUUGAAGAAAAUGCUUCUCCU